AUGGCGAGUGAACAGGAGUACACUCUUGAGCAGGUCAAGUCGACCCGAAUUGCCUCGGAGGAGAUCGACCAGACCUUCCGCUCGAGCAGCAUUGAUCUCAUCUCCGCUGCCCUGGGUGGGAAGAUUCUGGCAUUCUCGGAUGAGUGGUUCGCUGAGGCAUCCAAUCUGUUGACGCCAACGCCUCCCAUCAGGCAACCGGGUAAGAUGGUCUACACCGGUGCCUGGUACGACGGCUGGGAAACAAGACGUCACAACACCGAACCUUUCGACUGGGUUGUCGUCCGCCUGGGCGUUGCUUCGGGAACCGUCGAGGGUAUCGAGGUCGACACAGCCUUCUUCAGCGGCAAUCACGCCCCCUCAAUCUCGGUCGAGGGAUGCUUCAACCUGAACGACGAUGAGGUUGUCUCAUGGAAAGGCGGCAGGGGACAGUGGGAGACCAUUCUCGGCAACGAGGAGUGCGGGCCAUCCAAGCGCUUCGCAUGGAAGCUGGCCGAGCCUAAGCAGAAGCAGUACACUCACGUGCGUCUGAACAUGUAUCCCGACGGUGGUAUCGCCAGAUUCCGUCUCUUCGGACACGCCGUGCCUGUCUUCCCCGAGGACAAGGAGGCCAUUUUCGACCUUGCGGCGGCACAGAACGGUGGUGUCGCCAUUUCGUGUAGUGACCAGCACUUUGGAACCAAGGACAACCUCUUACUGCCGGGCCGCGGCAAGGACAUGGGCGACGGAUGGGAGACUGCGAGGUCGCGCGGCAAGGAUCACGUGGAUUGGACCAUUGUCCGGCUCGGCGCGCCCGGCUACGUGCAGAACGUGGUGGUCGACACGGCGCACUUUCGCGGCAACUUCCCGCAGAAGGUCAAGAUCGAUGCUCUCGAGUGGAAGCAGAACGACGAGCCGGGAGCGGAUGCCGAGGGCUGGGCCGAGAUCGUGGCGCCGAGCAAGACGGGGCCGGAUCAGGAGCACGACUUCCCCAGCGCGGUCAAGGACAAGGCCGUGACGCACGUGAAGAUCACCAUUAUUCCGGACGGAGGUGUCAAGAGACUGCGUGUGUUUGGCAAGAGAGCGUGA